AUGGAGGGGUCAUGUGACCCGACAAAGCUGGUGUCCCAGUUCCUGCUGAGGAAGACUCUGGUCCAGGUCCGACGGAGAAUCCUGCAGUGCUGCAGACCCGGUUCACCCGACAAUAUCGUCAAGGCCUUCAGGUAUCAGCGGGUUCUGGGGCCGAUGCUGCUGGCCUGCCGGCAGGUGGACCCGGAGGAGCAGCGCCCCCCGGUGGAGAGAGAGGAGGAGGUGAUGCCCCUGUGGCUGCUGCUUCCCCCGGGACCAGGUACCCCCCCCGCCUCCCCAAACACCUUGACUUCAGACGCAUCGGCUUUGUGCUGCAGCAGCCCCUCCCCCGUGACUCCUCCCCCUGACUCCUCCCCCGUCACAGUCAGUCAGUUAGGCUCCUCCCCCGUCACAGGCAGUCAGUUAGGCUCCUCCCCCGUCACAGGCAGUCAGUUAGGCUCCUCCCCCGUCACAGACAGACAGUUAAGAUCCUCCCCCAUCACGGACAGACAGUUAGGCUCCUCCCCCGUCACGGACAGUCAGUUAGGCUCCUCACCCCCUCCCCAAGCUCUCAGUCCUCCUCGAGUCCUCCUCCGCCGACUCCUCCUGAGCAGGACAGACUCCCCUGCUGACAUCACCACCUCCUCAAACGUCUCCAUGGCGAUCAGAGAGCGAAUCAGACGCCACUAUAGGACACUCACCAGCCUGAGGAAGAGGAAGUCCUCUUCCUCACCUCCUGAAAACGGGGGAGGAGCACGGAGGGGUGAUGAAGGCCACGCCCCCUCUCAGGGGGAGGUGCAAGAGGGCGAUGAUGAGGAGGAGAGCGAGGUCCUCCUGGUUCUCUCUGAAUCUUCACCCAGCUCAACAGGAAAUGAUGUUCCAGAGGAGGCGGAGUCAGAGAGGGAACAGGAAGUGACAUCGACGUCCACAGCAGAUAACGACGAUGAUGAUGAUGAUGAUGAAGGAGAGACGUCUUCAGAUGACUCCUUCCUCCUGCUGAAGGAGGCCUCAGGUGAUGGAGAAGAUGAAGGUGAUGGAGAUCAGAGGCAGACUGAGGAUGAGGAGGUGUUUGCUGCGGAUUAUCUUCUCAGAGUGUGUGAGGCGGUGCAGGUGUCCCCGGGCGUCUCGGAGCAGCUGCUGCAGGUGUUGGACGGGUCCUGGUCCUCGGUGGAGCUUCUGUUCGGCGGUCUGAGACGGGUCCUACGACCGUGGCCUCAGCUGCUCAGAGACUUCGCUGCCUUCCUGAACCGCCGACAGGCCCGCCGCUGUGGGCUGCUGGCGGAGCAGCAGCUCUUUGAACGCAGUCGGCGGUUUCUACGGCGACUGGGGCGGAGCCUGGGAGAAGGCUCCGCCCCCUUCAAGCAGGUGGUGUCGGUGCUGCAGGGAAGCUCCGCCCCCACACCCGAGGACAUGGUCAAGAUCUCGUCUCUCCUCAGAUGCCACUCUGACCUGCAGGAGGAAUUCUGGGAGUUCUUCCAGCAGCUUCACGGCUCAGAGACGGACUACGUGUCCCACAAUCCUCCUCUGCACGGAAACAGGAAGAAAGCCGAGGGGGCGGAGUCAGAGGAGGCGGAGGAGGCGGAGUCAGAGCGACCAGUCGGCGCCAAGAACGUCUCCAUGACAACAACGGGAGAGAAAGUGGUGGAGUGGACCCGCGAGGCGGACCGCGCCAUCCUGACAGCCUGUCAGCAGAGAGGAGCCAAUCGGAAGACGUUCAGGCAGGUCUCCAGCCAGCUGGGGAACAAGACCGCCCAACAGGUGAGCCUUCGUUUCUCCGACCUGAUGACGCUGUUCCACUCCGCCAACCUCCAGAAGUCCACUUCCUGUUCCUCAGAGGGCCAGCCAAUCAGCAGACAGGAGGCAGCCCGGGACUGAAUGCAGGACCAUCACAGCGGAGUUCAGAGCCCAAACCCUUAUCCCACUAGAACCUGCAUCAAAACACAAAGAACCCAGUUCUUCUUGUCUUCAGGUGGAUCCACUGUGAAAGGAACCAGCUGUGUUCUACUGGAGAACAUCUGGACCUCACACCUGUCAACACAAAGCCCUCUUUAUUUAUAUUUCAUGAUUAUUUAUUUUUUAUCUUAUCACUGUGAGGACAGGGGGUGUGGCCUCAGUGAGUCAGGGGGCGGGGUCACUGAUGACCAAGAGGAAGCGCGUUCUCCUCGCUGUUGUUGAAUUUCCUCCGGUUCUGUUCUUUAGUUUGAUCAAACACAGACGAGGUCCGUUUGGUUUGAGUUUGAACUUUCACAGAUUCCGGAAACACGAUCUUUAUUUCAUUUGACAUGGAGUUAUGGUUUGUAUCACGAACAUGUUUGAAUGUGUUUGUUAAAGAAAACCACUAAUAUUUCUGCUGCAGCUCUCAAACUGUUCCUGAAGAGGUUUAGUCUUCCCAUGAUGCACCGGGGUUACACUGCCCAAACAAUCCCAUGAUUCCUAGCGGCCUUAUGAAUGAACGUAGUGUUAGUGGGGGAUGCAGCGCCGUUCUGAGGUUUAUAGAUAUUUAUUCAUAUUGAAUGUGAAUGAAUGAAGGUCGACUGCUUCAAUAAAACAUUGUUACA